UCCACGGGAAAACUAUGGCCGAGACGAACCGGACCGCCGUGUAUGUUUACGAACAGGUUGUUAUCCUGGCAUCAUGUAUACUUUCGUUUUUUGGGUCACUUUUAAUUAUAUGCACAUAUCUACGUUGGCUCGAUUUGAGAACUACACCGAGAAAACUGCUCGUGUAUCUGUCUGUGUCUGACCUUCUGUCUGCACUCUCGUACUUUUACGGAGUUUUGCGGAUUUUUGACUCUGAUUCUGCGGAUUGUAUUGCGCAAGGAGCAAUUUCCACAUUCGCGAACACCAGCUCAUUCUUCUGGACCGUGGCUAUAGCCAUCUACUUGUAUGUUUUUAUUGUGAAGUCCAGCCAGAGACAGGCCGACAACUUGGUGCUGUAUUUUCAUCUUAUCAGCUGGGGCGUUCCUUUCGCCAUCACUGUGGCAGCCCUGUCCCUGCACAAGAUCGGCUAUGAUGCCUCUGAAGUGUCCGUAGGCUGGUGCUGGGUGAACAUCCAGGCUGAAGACCAUGUGCUGUGGAUGCUGCUCACGGGAAAGAUCUGGGAGUUCAUUGCCUAUGUCACACUGCCAGUCCUGUACAUCCUUAUUAAGAUACACAUAAACAGAGCACAUGCAGCCCUGUCUGAGUACCGUCCCAUCCUGACCAGCAGCCCUGUCUCUCACUCACUGUCUUCCAUGGCAGACAGGAAGCUCACCCUCAUCCCCAUCAUCUUCAUUAUACUCCGCCUGUGGAGCACCAUCCGCUUCCUGCUCCUGCUGACUGACUCCCCUGCAGGGCACAAUCCAGUACUGGUGACCUUGCAUGGAAUUGGAAACACCUUUCAAGGAGCUGCGAACUGCAUCAUGUUUGUGCUGUUCACUCCCUCGAUUCGUUCACGACUGGUGGCUCUGCUGUGCUGCAAAGGUUGGGACAGACACUGGAGCUCAGAAUCAGUGUCCCAGAACAGGGCAAAUGCAUAUACGCCUUCACACAGGGAGGAAAACACCAGCCCCCAAACCUUGGAGAACAGUGUGGAGUAAGAGCUAUUAGGAUCCUGCAUCUGCUCCUGUACAUUUAACUCUGUUUAAACGCACAAGGCUGGGUGAUACCAAGAAUGAAAGCUCUGACUUAAAGUUUAUGGCUCUCUGCUGUGGUUGUUCGACUUACAUCAGAGCCUUAUGCUCAGCCUUCUUGUUUGACCAAGCGCCUUCACGGAUUACAGGGGACUGUGGUCACAUGCACAAAACCCACAGAGCAUGGAACACAAAUGCACUUUCUGUUACCGGUUUAGCUCUGCACUUUAGGCGAAAGGCUUUCUGUCUUCCAAAUCUGUUUUCAUUCUGCUGCCGCAGAUAUCUCAUGUUCAUUUAAAUAGAAAUGAGAUCUGUAGCUCAGGGGAAGCGAGGAUACAGCAGUUUAUUAUCUAGUGACCAAAAUGGCAAAUGUACUGUGAAGGGUUUUUACAAGGGAUUUUUUUCCUCAUUCUCCCAACAAAGCACGUGUUCUUAAUGCAAAGUUAAUACUGUACAUUACAUCUAUUAUGUAUUUUUAAAGCAUGAUUUAUAUGGAUACUGUACUUAUAUGUAUAAACGUAUAGUAUUUCUUUUUCUUUUUUUCUGUAUGUAUAUAUUAUGUCAAUCUCAUUUAAUUUUAUUCACUUUUUCUCUGUAAAUAGACACAUGCUCCUAGCUGGCCAAAAUUUGCAUCCAGGACACAGGCCACAAAAUGCACAUUUAUUGUUACUUCACAAUGCCUUUGAAACACUGGGGAAGAAGUGCCUUGUAAUCGUUGCAUAUGUAGUUAUCAAUUUGUACAUGUAGUUAUUUUAUCAGCAUAUUAACUGAAUUCAAUAAAGUGAUUAACUUUCA